AUGUUGGGCUGGGUUAUAAUUCCCCUCUACGAGGCGGCUGACGCUCUACUCGACCAGUGUGGCUCAUUCAACUCUGUUCAGAAACUCCGGUUGUCAAUGAUCAGAUACCACGCCAGACAUGACUCCGAUGUAGUCAAAAGGAAGAUAUAUCAGAAUGCCCCAGAGCUCUGGAGCAUCGCAGUCUUCAAGCUCAUCGAAUCAGAUUUACGCCUUCGAGAAUUGAGCCAGAGAGACGAGGUAAUUCGACACCAGUAUCAGUCUAUCAAGCUUUUAAGCGCCGAAAAGCGGCGAGAGGCGCACAUGAAGUACCCUCAGCUGCUGGAUAGCAUUGCCAAAGAAUACUGGGAGGAAGAAAGAACCCACUACUACUUAGAAGCUUCGCUUCUAAACGGACCUGUGACGCGAGCAAAGAUCUUCGGAACGAUUGUGCUGGCAAGGGAGGAUGCUGUGGUCGGGGUUGUAGAUGCGGCGAGAACCGUGAAAUCAUACCAGGAAGGAUGA